AUGGCAAUGGCCUCGUUCUCCUCUCACUCCACCAGCCACCUCCAUGGCCCCCUCCACGGCCAUGCUAAAAUCACCAAGGCUCGCAGCCGCCAGGCUGUCAAGCCCAUCCUCAAGAAGUUGCAGUCGCAUUCGCACUCGGAGAAGAACUCCCUCGACCUUGACCGCAGUUGGGAUGAGCAGGCUCGCUUUGGUUCCUCGUACAGCCCUGGUGGAGACGAAGACUACGCUGGCGCACCGUAUGGAGCCUCGUAUACGCCAACUUCGACAAUAGCAGCUGGCCAUAUCCCCCGACCUGUUCGUGAUGUGAGCUUCUCCCUCUCGGCUACCGAUUACUCGCACACCCGCUCCACCAGCGGCACUUCGCACAUAUCUGUUGCCACCUCCACAAGCGGCCGCAACGGUUCCUUCGUACAUCCUUUUCAGCAGACGCCUCGAACAUCGACGCCGCCCCUGUCCUACGCUAACUCGCUCGCCUCGCUCGACAACCCAACAGCUCCUCGCGACUACUCCCCGACCAUCACCGAGGACGACGACGACAUUGAGCCCCAGGUCCACCAGACGGCUCGCUCAUUUCCCCUGCCGCACUCCAGCUCCCAACCCCGGCGGCCUUCGCUCGCCAGCCAGCGCACCAGCUCUUUGUCCGACAUCAAUCAUUCAAUGGCCGCCGCACGGAGAACUCACCGCAUCGUAACCAAGAGCCGCUCCGACCUCCACUUGCACACUGCCUCUACGACAGCGCUUGACUCUGCUUCGAGCGCUAGCCCCCCCGCGUCCUUCAUCUCUCCACAAAUGAUGACUGGUGCCUCCUCUGCUUCUGCCAUGUCACCUCUACGCACAUCCCUUGACGUGAAUGGGUUCCGCCUCCGUUCCCGAAGUGAGGUCGACACCGCCUCGCGCCAGGACCACGUCCGUGAGGCCCGACGCAAGUUUGAAGAGAAAGAAAGGGCCAAAGAGGAGAAGUACGCUCGCGAGCAAAUUCGUAAGCAAGAGCGUGCCGAGAGCAAGGGGGCCCAUCGACUGGCCAAAUCUUACUCGCACGGUCGCAAGACUAGUUUUGGUGGUUCCCGCAUCUCCUGUGAUCGAACCUCAAGCCAAAGCGAUAUUCGGCCGUCGGUAUCGAGGAAGAAUACCGCCACCGGACUCGGCGACAACGAGAAGGUCGCCUUUGAGAGCCGAGGCUAUCAUUCUGUGCCCACAGCCUCGUCGCCGCGGGCCAGAACUGAACAAGUGCAUUUUGAGUCUACCCGCAGGAACAACACAGCCAAGCAAAAAACCAAUGGGGCAUGGACGGCCUUUGUUCUUUGGUUCAGAACUCGGUUACUGAAGAUGGGACGACGAUAG